GUUUGUUCUCUGGCCGGCCUGAGCAUUGAACGCAGAGAUGAAUCAACAUGCCGACAGCAACGAGUCUGACAGCCGUGGUCAACCCCCAGCAGGGAUAUAUAAUAUGAUGCUGACCAUCCUGUCCAUCUCACAUACAACUAAAAUUUCCCUCUGUCAUUGUAUCCCGGACCAGCAGUGGCUAGGGCCUCCUAGCCACGCUGCCCCUGCAUACGGCAUCACAAAAGGACGCUCGCAUUUGGCGAACUGGCGUUUACUGUUCCUGGUGGUGGGCCUAGCCACUGUCACGAUGACACACCAUUUGCCUAUUUCUUCAUCCCUGUCUCCUGAUAAGGCGCGGUCUCUUGGUACCGAAGAGAAGGAGAUCGUCAAAGCUCGUUCCAUGCGCCAGGUUGGCACCGAGCCUAGUGUUUGAUUUGGUGCUUUAAAUCCCAAAGAAUUUAUUUUGACCUUGCUCGACUACAAGGCGUGGUUCAUUGCAGUACGUUUCCCUCUUGAAUUUGAAAUUCUAAC